GAGGAGCUGCUACAGUCAGCACACAUCCCUGUCUGGUCAUGUUCCCUUCCAAGUCCACUGCUAUGGCACUGGCGAUUCUUCAGGACUGGUGUGGGUGGAUGGGUGUCAAUGCCCAGCGUUCACUGCUUAUCCUGGGCAUCCCUGAUGACUGUGAGGAAGACGAAUUCCAGGAGGCUGUGCAGGCUGCCCUCAGGCCCCUGGGCAGAUACCGAGUGCUUGGCAAGGUCUUCAGAAAGGAGAUUGGGGCAAAGGUUGCUUUGGUUGAAUUCGCUGACAAUUUGAACCAAAGUUUGAUCCCCCGACAAAUACCAAGUGAGGGGCCCUGGUCUGUGAUCUUCCUGCCUCAGGUCCCUGAUAUCGAGUUACAGGGUACAUUCAAUUUCCCUGCACAGGCUCAUGGGCAAGCUUUGCAAGGGGCUUCAGGUGGGGCAGGGGCUUCAGGGACAUCAGGGGCUGCAGUUGAGGAAGGAGAUGUAGGUGAGACAGGGAAUGUGGGUGAGGCAGGAGGAGCAGCUGGGGAAGGCGCUGAGGAUGAGGCAAGAGUGUCGGAUGAGGAAGGAACAGAGGGUGAGGAAGGAGGAGCGGGUGCAGAAGGAGCUGGAGGGGACAUGGGGGUUGCAGGUGUUAUAGGAGCUAUGGGUUGGGUAGGAGCUGCAGGUGAGGUAGGAGCUGCAGGAGAAGGAGGCGUUUUAGAGGCAGGAGCAGGUGAUGAUGGGUCUGCAGGUGAAGAGGGGUCUGUGGGUGAUGAAGGGUCUGGGAGUGAUGAGGGGUCUGCAGGGGAUGAAGGAUCUGUGGAUGGUGGAGGGGCUGUGGGUGAAGCAGGAGCUGUAGGUGAGGCAAGAAUGUCAGAUGAGGAGGGAGCUGCAGGUGACAUGGGAGUUGCAGGCAUUAUAGGAGCUGUGGGAUUGGCAGGAGCCGCAGGUGAGGCAGGAGGUUCAGGUGAGGAAGGGGCCUUUGAUGUGGCAGGAGGGCCACAUGGGGCUGGAGCCUGGACCCAGCAGUGGAGCCAAGCCCUGCAGCCCAUCCUGGAAAACAUGGCCUACCAGGAACUGAGACACUUCUCUGGGAUGGAAGAGCCCGGCUGUGGGGGUCAGUCUUUCGAGAGCUGGCUGGACCAUGCCAAUGACAUGCUAUACCUGUGGCGCCACAUAUCCGAGAGGGAGAGGCGGCGGCGGCUGGUGGAGAGCCUGGGGGGCCCUGCCCUGGAUCUCCUGUGUGAGCUUCUGGAAGAACAUCCAGAUACCCCUGCACAGGACUGCCUGGCUGCACUGGUGCAGGUGUUUGGCAACAAGGAUACCGUGAUGACCGCCCGGCUGAAGUUCCUGACUUGCUCCCAGCGGCCUCAGGAGACCCUCUUUGCCUAUGUGAUGCGCCUGGAAGGUCUGCUGCAGAUGGCCCUGGAGAAGGGGGCCAUCCAGCCUGCAAUGGUGGAUCAGGCGAGGGUACGGCAGGUGCUGAUGCGGGCCAGGCCCAACCAGAUGCUGCAGAACACCCUGAGGAGGAUGCGGCUGGAGAGGCGGCCACCUGGCUUUGUGGGGCUGCUCAGGCUUGUCCGGGAGACUGAGGCGUGGGAGGCAGCUCUGGCUGAAAAUGCGGUGGUCCCAGUGGGGGAAGGGGUGGAAGUGCAUGGUGGAGAGCUGGAUGUGGCCCAGGCUGCCCUUGUCAGUGUUGGGGGUGCUGAGCCUGCCCCUGUGUUAGAGAGGCUCUACCAGCUGGUGAAGAUGCUGGCCAGGCUGCUGCUGCUGUUCUUGAGCAAGCUGCUGGGGCUGCUCCUGAUAGUGAUGGUGCCGCCAUAA